GCCGCGCUGUCGGCAUGGAGACCGCGUCGGGCCCCAAGGAGGCCUCCAGGCCCAGGCGCCAUCGCCGCCGCCGCCGCCGGCUCGGGGGAAGAAGCAGCCUUGGGGCCCGUUCCUGAAAGAAUGAAGAUCAACACAGAUGAAAGCAGUGAAUCUGAGAACGAGACCGAUGAAGAUGAUGAUGAGAAGGAGGAAGAUGACGGAGGCCUGUCCGAUGAGUCUGCCAACGAAUGCCUGAAGCGCCUGGAGGCAGAAGAGAAAGCCUCUCAGCAGAAUCGCUCUCAGGACAAGGAGGAGUCCCUGAACCGAGGACAGAAAUGCGAAAACGGGGCGCAGCCGGGGCUCUCCCUGAUCGAUCUGGAGGAGCAAUUGGCAGAAGAAUGUGACCUCGAAGAGACAAGGCGGAAGAGGCGGAGGAAGCACAGGCUCUGCAUCAACCUGACCAACUGCAAAUAUGAGAGUGUCAGGCGUGCUGCGCGGCGCUGUGGACUGAAAGAAGUCGGGGAGGAUGAGGAGUGGACCCUUUACUGGACAGACUGCUCUGUCUCCCUGGAGCGUGUCAUGGAGAUGAAAAGGUUUCAGAAAAUCAACCACUUCCCAGGCAUGGCAGAGAUCUGCCGGAAGGACCUGCUUGCCCGCAACCUCAACCGCAUGCUCAAGCUCUUCCCCAAAGAGUACAGCAUUUUCCCUCGCACCUGGUGCCUGCCAGCAGACUACGGGGACUUCCAAGCCUAUGGCCGCAUGCGGAAGAACCGGACAUACAUCUGCAAGCCAGACAGCGGCUGCCAAGGGCGAGGCAUCUUCAUCACACGCAACCCGAAAGAGAUCAAGCAUGGGGAGCACAUGAUUUGCCAACAGUAUGUCACCAAGCCCUUCCUCAUUGAUGGCUUCAAGUUCGACAUGCGCAUCUAUGUUCUGGUCACUUCUUGCGACCCGCUGAGAAUCUUUGUCUACGAGGAGGGGCUGGCCCGCUUUGCCACCAUGAGGUACAUCGAGCCCAGCAACGGCAACCUGGAGGACAUCUGCAUGCACCUCACCAACUACGCCAUCAAUAAGCACAAUGAGAACUUUGUGCGUGAUGACUACUCAGGGAGCAAGAGGAAGCUGUCCACCUUGAAUGCCUGGAUGCGGGAGCACAGCUACGACACAGCCGAGCUGUGGAGAGACAUCGAGGACAUCAUCAUCAAAACCCUUGUUGCUGCCCACCCGGUGCUGAAGCAUAACUACCGCACCUGCUUCCCCAACCACGUUUCGGGUUGCGCAUGCUUCGAGAUCCUGGGCUUCGACAUCCUCCUCGACAGGAAGCUCAAGCCUUGGCUCUUGGAGGUCAACCACUCCCCCAGUUUCACCACAGACUCCCGGCUGGACCGGGAAGUGAAGGAUGCCCUACUCUGCGAUGCCCUCAACCUCAUCAACCUGCGGGCUUGCGACAAGAGGAAGGUGCUGGAGGAAGACAAGAGGCGGGUGAAGGAGCGCCUGCUCCAGCCCCACCAGCCCCCCAGGGAGACCAGGCGGGAGCAGAUGGAGAGCAACCAGGCGGCCUGGCUGGCCCAGGCAGAGAAGUACGAGAGCAGCCACCUGGGAGGCUACCGGCGCAUCUUCCCCUCCGGCAGCACUGAGAAAUACGCUCCCUUCUUCAAGCACAGCGGGUCCCUCUUCCAGGAGACCGUGGCCUCCAAGGCCAGGGAAGAGUGUGCCAGGCAACAGCUGGAGGAAAUCCGCCAGAAGCAGGAGCAGCAGCGGGAGAAUGCAGCCGGGAAGAAGCGGAAGGAGGGGAAGGAGAACCUGCAGGGAGAAUCCGCUGGGGAGAAGGCUCAGGAGAAGGCCAGGGCCAAGGCUGCCCUCACUCGGAUCGCCUACAGCCACAGCAAGAACUGGAACCCAAAGGUGUCCUCUGUGCCUUAUGAUAGCAUGACCCCUCAGGCCAUUGUGGAGGAGGAAGAGGUAGAGCGGGUCAAGGCCCUCCUGAGACGGGAAAACCUCAUCCGAGGGCUGGGCGUCAUCGACAUGCUGACCCGGCUGCUGAGCCGCAGUGAGCCCAGCCCCUUGGAGAUCCAGAAGCCCCGCAUCAACUUCGCUGAAAGCCAGUCUCACUUCAUCCAGGAGGUGCUGAACAACCGCGAUUCCCAGAGCUCCAUGACCCUGGUCCCUGUCUCCUUCCUGCCCCGCUUCGGGCAUCAGGUUGUGCCGCCACCGCCUCCCGCCGCCCGCAUCCAGCUGCUAGGCAACCAAGGCUUCAUCCCCACCAUCCUGGGCACCCUGUCCAGCCUGGGGGCCCACCACGAGGGUGGCACCUUUUCGCUGCCCCACAGGAACAUCAGCUGGCUGGGCACCGCCAUGGUGGGACAGCCUUGCACGCUGGCCCAGAUGCUGCGGGCCGGAGGGCGGCGCUUUGGCAGCGCCAAGAGCAAGGCGGAUGGCAGUGAGUAUGCUGCGCUCAGCCCCCGGGUGCUGGAGCUGGCACCCGCCAAAGGGGGUGCCCCUGAAUGGGGCAGUGGCGCUAGGAGCAGGGUCCCUCGGCCGCAGAGGGGCACCUCCCGGAGUCACCCCUCUCCCCUUCCACACAGAGCCAUAGUGCCACCGCCGCCUCCGCCUCCUCCUCCUCUCCUGGGCUGGGCCCGGGCCUCCCACGCUGCCUCUGCUGUCGCCGCCUCUUCCUCUCUUCCUGGAAGCCCUGCGCACAAGCGGCCCUUGUACAUGGGCUCUGGCUCCCUGAACUGCCUCUCUCAUGGUGGUGGGAAACCGCUCAACGGCAGCUUCCCCUUCCCUUCCUCCAUUCCUGCCCCUAUCAAACACCACAAUCACCACCCCGAACUGCUGCGAGGGCUGACCAUCAAUUCCGCCUCAGCCCCCCUCCUGCGCCGCAGCAGCCCUCAUCGCUCCAACACGGUGGCCGCCUCACUGCACCUCCACCUGCCCAGGUAGCGGCACUCCCUCCCCUCUGGCCCCUUGGCAGGGAGCGCGCAGGGGCCCCGUCCUCCUCAUUGCAGGCCCCUUUGUCCUCCUCCUGCGCAGGAAGGAGGCUUGACUGGAAUCUCCAGUGCUGUGGCGACUGGAGGAGCCCGAAGAGGGGGCCUGCUGGGAGGGCACCGUGGCUAUGCCAAGAGGGGCCAGGGGGCAUUUGAGGCUGCCCUGCCUUGCCACAGCCCUUGUGGCCCCGGACUCUGGAGGGAAGAGUGCCCUCUGCCCUGUGGUCCCUUUCCGGCAACAGCCGCCACCGGGGCUCUUCUGCCACCUCCUCCGCCUGCCGGCAGCCCCGACCCCUUUGGCACACGGAGGCUGCUUGACCGGACAGAGCGGGGCUGCAGGCCGGGUAGGGCCCCUUUUAUAGCCCACUUUCUAUUAAAGCUUUAUACAGUUA